CGAGUUAACAAUUUAAUUUGUUUACAAACAUGGCGGGCAAAAUUUGUACCGUCGAAACUUGUUCAACAGAGAUAAUUUAAGAAAUGGAUGAAAGAAAGCAAUAUUUCCCCCUUACAAUAUCAUCCCUACAGAGAAAAACCGUAUCUGUCGAUGUUCAUAAACCAGAUGUUUCUCAAAAGUCACCAUCGAAAGCAGAAAUUUUACAAGACUUAAACGAACACUUGGCCGUUCAUGCUGAGCGAAUGCGGUUACUCAAUCGUGCCGAAGAGGGGCUUGUCAGUGACAGCUUUAGUCCGUACUCAGGUCGUAAUUCUAGUCCUGGAGAAAACAAGGAAGUAUCUUCCAAGAAUGUAAAUGAUGAUAAAGAAACAAAUAUAUCUAAAAUCCCAGUGCUUUCCAAAAGACAGAAAAGAAGGGAAAAAGAAAAUCUCUCAAAGACAUCAAUGAAACCUGACCUGAUGAAAACUACCACACUGGAGAUUCACUGUGUGCCUGAGAGAGCUGCUCAGAAAACUGACAAGCAACAGAGGAGGAAAGGGGUUCCACGGGGAAAGAAGAGCGGGGUCCAGAUAAAGAAUUACAGGGCAGACUACACAUGGAAUAGAGGAGGAAGGUUAAAGGAACUCAGGAUUAGGCAUUUAGCAAGGAAAUUUUCCAACAUUUGGAAAACUAAAGCUUUUGGGAGAGUGCUUCCAUCUGUAGCAAGGCGACAUUAUGAGACACACUUGGUCAGACAAGUAUACAGGGAGUGGCAUGCCAUGUGGUGGGAAGUCAGAAAAGAAUGGAGGUUGAUGGUGCGAGCAGAAUGUCAUCACAGAUAUGUGGUUUGGAGUAAAGUGUUUGAAGCUUGGAGGCUCUAUGUACUCUAUCAGAAGGCUACUGCAGAAAAAAUGGAGCUUGCUACAACCAUUAGUAACAAAGCAAUUCUAGGCAGGAGUCUUAAACACUGGAAGGAUUUUGUUAAUAUCCAGAGAGGAAAGAAGAAAAUUAAAGCAGAGGCAGACAGCCAUUAUCACCACGUGUUAACUAGGUUAGUGUGGAUUAAAUGGAAGGAGCAGUACAGUCUUCAGCAAGAGAGACAUGAAAUGGAAGUAGUGGCUUUACAGUUCUGGGCCUACAGAAUUCAGGCACAGCACUGGUUGAUUUGGUCAGACAGACUUAAAAAGAAGCGCCAGAUUUACCACAGACAUGCUCUGUCUCUCAGACACUACCAACAAACCGUUAAGAGGAGGUGUUUUAUUGCUUGGACUCAGUAUUGGCUGCAGAAACGAGACAGGAAAAGACAGAAAGAUUAUGCAGAUAAAUACUAUGGCCAGAGCCUGAGAUAUCAGACGUUUUAUACCUGGCGGAGGCAGUAUGAGCUCCAUCAGUCCAUUAAAUCCCACCAGCACCACAUUGAAGUCCUGGCCGCGCGGUUCCAGAGGAGGCGGUACUUCCAGAUCUGGAAACUUUACAUGUUGAUACAAGAACAAGAGAAAGAGAAGAUGCUUAAAGCAGAGGUGCAUUACAGGAAAAAAUUGAUGCUGAUGGGAUUUAAUGCCUUUCGACUCAAUGUGGUGCAGCUGAGGGUGAAAGAGAUGAGAAAUGAGUUAGCUGUUCAACAUUACUUUAAAACACUUUUGAGCCGACACUGGCAGAUUUGGUUACAGAAAUGUGAGAACAAUGAAGAGCUACAGAUAAGUCAUCUUACCAAGCAAGCACAUGCUCAUUAUCAGAGUGUCCUCAAAAGAAAGUGCUUGGAUGCUCUGAUGUUGUAUACCAGAUACAGAGAACAGAGAAAAAUGUUGAAGGUUCAGGCAGAUGCUUUCUUUUUCGUUCACUCCAUGCCCAGGAUUAUCUUCCAGUGGAGGAUUUAUGUUGAAAUGGAGAAAAUUAAGAGAGAAAAUCUGGAAAAAUACACAAGUUUUAGAAGAGAGAAUUUGCUUGCCCGGUUCUUCUACCAGUGGUUUAAUUCCUAUGAAGAACACAGAGAUUUCAGAAUGAACUGGAGAAUGGCUGUUCUACAUCACGAGGAUAGUACAAGAAAACAUUUCCUGGCCAGAUGGAGAAAUAGACUACAGUCAUGUCUGCAAGAACGGGACCAACAGAGUCUGGCAGAGAACCAUUACCACUCCUCUAUAUGUAGGAAGCACCUGCUAGCGUGGCUACAGUAUGUCAGGGAUCUUAGAAAAAUGGAGAGUUUAGAAACAAAAGCAAUGGCUCAUCAUUACAAAUCCUCACUGAAGAGGGCCCUACAAACAUGGAGAGAGUACACAAAAGAAAUUAAACAGGAGAAGUCACAGUGGCUAAGAGCCACAAAACUUUAUCAAAUGAAUUUGUGUAGAAAAGUUCUGAGGGUUUGGAUUGCUCAGAGAAUUCAAGGAAGACAAUUCCAGAUGCUGGGAGAGGAGCGAUACAGACAGAAGUGUAAAGACUGUAAAAGGUGGGCAUUUCACACAUGGAGAGACAAUGUUCUGGAGAAUGUUAGAGAGAGGCAGGAAGACAGAGCUGCCAUAAUCCACUACAACAGACAACUUCUACACAAGCUGCUGCUGACUUGGCAUAGAUAUGCUGCUAUUCACGCCUACAAGAAGUCAGAGACCAGGCAAUGGGUGGAGUCUACAAAACAGGCCCUAGAUAGAAACAAGUUGCAAAGAUAUUUCUGGCAAUGGCAGAAAGCAAGAGAUGACAGAAUCUUACAGAAGUUCAAACGAGAACAGGCUGUUAAUCAUCAUGAUACUGUGAUCCAGCAGAGGGCGCUACAGCAAUGGAAAGAGUUCACAGUCCUAGCAGUCAAGAAAAAUCUUCUAAUGAAACAGUGUGUGUGGUUUAACAAUAUCAGAUUGAUGAGUAAUUUUCUGUCCGUGUGGAAGUGGAGGUACCAGUUAAAACAAGAGGAGAACCAGAAAACUGACAUCGCUUUGUGGCAUUGGAGUCUGGUUCUCCAGAAGAAGAUUUUGGUGGCCUGGUUUGGCUUCACUGCAGACAGGAAGAGAAAGAAGGAUCGAAUCACUCAGGCCUUGGAGAGACGACGCACGCGACAGAUACGUCAGGGCAUCACCCAGUGGAUCGCUGUGGCAACAGACCUGUCAAAUAUGAGGGCUAAAAUUGCAGCCCAGCAAAAUGCUAAGGAUGCCUUUGCCAAACAUCAAUUAGUUCAGCGUUGUGCGUUACACUGGCGAUACAUAGCAGCUAAGAGGAAAUCAAGGGGAGAUCACUCUAACAGAAAAAAUCAGGACUUGCUUCAAUUUGAGAAGAAAAAUGUAGACUAUGUUCCAAAAUUAAAACCUAAGGACUUCCAUAGAGAGGAAAUUCUCUGUAAACCCUUCCCAUACAACCCAGUGGAGUCUGUGUCUCCUCAGAGACUUCCAGACAAGGGACAGAACCUCUCCUCUCUACAAUUGCCUGGAAGAAGAAAGCCCAGGCAUCCUUCAUUCCUGGAAGAAUCUCUAAAGAGAGCUGGCCUGUUUUCUGGGGAAAGGCCAGUUUCUGAUGGAAAUCAAAAUAUACAGAGCAAACCUAGUCAUCCUCCUUCUAGAAUGUUAGAGGAAAGAAAACCUAUCCAGUCUGUGCCUGUGAUGUCAGAGGAGGAAGUUCCCAGUCCCCCCGUCCCUCCCCAUAUACCUACCUCAGACCUGCCCGGACCUGGAGAUUGUCCUGUCAUUCCUCAGGGUGAGAACAGCCGGGUUCCUCCACUUGACAUACAUGGAGUGGACAAUAUACCCUACCUUCAGGAAAACAUUGAGGUUUAUCAGGGACAAAUAUCAGUGCUGCCUUCAGCUGCUGCAGUAACUCAGCACCAUGUUCACUUGGAUCACAUUCAGUCCAUACAACCCACAACUGGAGAAGAAUUCCAGCUCUUAACUCCAGAUCAUUUUCUCUCUCAUCCAGAUUACACGAUUCCAACUUUUCAAAGUGACAUUUCCCCUCUAAGUACCCCAAGAACAGUUGACUCUACAUCAUUAGCUGUCAGAUCAAUGAUACGAACUAUAGAUAGUACUGCAGGGAUUCCAGAGGCCCCAGGCAGGGUUAAUGAUCAAGAAACCCUCCCUUUGACUGAACAAAUAGUGAGGAUAAGAAAUCAGCUGAAAAGUUUUGAACAACAAAAGAAAAAACUCAGGAAGUUACAAAAACAGCACAAACAGCUGACUUCCUGGCUUGAUGAUGAAGAGGGGACUGUCUCAGAAUCUGAAAUUAAGGAGGUGAAAGAAGAAGUAAGGGAGAUGGAGAAGGAAAUUAAAACAUACCAAGCUGAGAUAGAGAGGCAAAAACCAGAAUGUGCCCAGUUAGUAGAAAAGGUCAAUCAGCUCAUUCAAAUGAUGUCAGAAAGGUCAAUCAGCUCAUUCAGAUGAUGUCAGAAAGGUCAAUCAGCUCAUUCAGAUGAUGUCAGAAAGGUCAAUCAGCUCAUUC